AUGACUAGAAAACACCGUUCAUCAUCAUCAUCUGAAUCUGCUUCAUAUUAUCCCGCCACUGUUUCCAAACCCAAACUCAAACAUCGAAAUAAAAUCGCAAAACAAAAGGUAUUAGAAGAAGACGACGACAACGCUAAUUAUAGUGAUGCAGACGCUGUUGAUUCUGAAUAUAAAAGUGAAUCUCAGGAAGAUGAUCACCAACAGUUUGAAUAUGAAACAGAAAUAUAUGAAGAACAAGACGAAGACAAUGAUGAUGAUGCCGUUUCUGAAUCUAAUCCACUGCAUGGUGACCCAUCUUCCUCAAAAGAAGCACACAGUAGUGAUGUUCCAGAAAGCGCUUCGAUUUCUUAUUCUAAUGUCCCUGUUCCACCACAAACUAUGAAUGCAUCUUCAUACAUAAAAGUCGCUCCUUUACCCAUUUUUAGUGGUACUCCAAAGGAAUCCCCAAUAACCCAUUUGAGUCGUUUCAACAAAGUAUGCAGGGCAAACAAUGCAUCCUCCGAUGAAAUGCAAAAGAAGAUCUUCCCUGUCACACUUGAAGAAGAAUCUGCACUAUGGUACGACCUCAACAUCGAGCCUUACUACCUUUCUCUUUCAUGGGAGGAAAUCAAGUUGUCUUUUUUGCAAGCAUAUUACGAAAUUGAACCGGUUGAGGAGUUAAAGUCGGAGCUUAUGGGGAUUCAUCAAGGUGAGAAGGAACGUGUUAGAUCCUACUUUCUGAGACUUCAAUGGAUUUUGAAGCGGUGGCCGGAACAUGGGUUAGAAGAUGAUGUUAUCAAAGGGGUAUUUGUGAAUGGAUUGAGGGAAGAGUUUCAUGAUUGGGUUCUCAUGCAAAAGCCCAAAUCUUUGAAUGAUGCAUUGAGAUUCGCCUUUGAUUUUGAGCAUGUGAGAAGGAUUAAGGGAAAGAAGGAAAUGGUUUUUACUUGUGGGUUUUGUGAGGGGCCGCAUGAAGAGAGUAGUUGUGGGGUUAGGGAAAGGAUGAGAGAAUUAUGGAAACAGAGUAGGAAGAAAGAGGGAAGUGAUAAGGCUGCUAAGGAUCUUUUGAUGUAG